AUGGCAUCACAUAUCGCGGAUGAAAAACUCGAUCUCGAGCGUGUUAGAGCGGCAGAAGAGCUAAAACCGUUCGAAGAGAAGCUGUUCAGCAUUUUGCAGGACUUGCUACAACCAGGCCCAGUAAUCGAAGCUGCCGACGCAGCUGCAAAGAUAAAUGACCUCUUUCCAUCAAAUGAGGAAGAUACUGAAGCUCCGGUCGAGGAGAACAGUCCUACAGCGGAUCCUGAUGCCUUCUUGUGGUCCUUGUGGGGGUUGAUUAUUCAGGUCAUGAGAUUAGUUCCUCCUCAACACCCGGGUCAAAUACGCAUGAUUUCUUUUAUGAAAUCCCUGGGAAAGAUUCCGGCGAGAACGCUUGACAUAUGGGGCAGCGAGCAGAAGCUUUGGUCAGACUUUCCUAUUCUCCGCCCCUGCUUGAGGGACCAUCUGGAGUAUAUCGGAGAGCCAGAUCCCGAUGGAAUCUCAGAGUGGAUCAACCAAAACUCCUUCAUGGCCAGAAUCGUGGGCAAAGAACUGCUCAGCUGGGAUACUUUGAUCAUCUGGAUGCUAAGAGAUGCAUUGGAAGAUGAUAUUCCCCAGGAGCAAAUCGUUCGAGACUGUUACAUCUCCGUGGUGAACGAAUGGAUUACGCAUGCCGGACAGACAAUCUAUAGGCAGCUCAGCGAGAAAGAGUUGAGCGAACAGCAAAAGCGCGUGACUAAAGGCGGCAAGUUGUAUCAAGGCAAAGCCGGGUUAUGCGCUGAGAGAUGGGAAUUCUGGAAACAACGACUGGCUGAGAUCAGUAAUCUUGUGUCGAAGGAGUUACAACCGGUGGCAUGGGCUGCGGCAGACAGGAUGGGACAGAUUGAAGAACUGGCUCAGAUCGAAAAGGAGAUGCGCGAGUAA